CUCGCCUCCACCACCUAUCUUCAACUCCGCUAGUGGCGCGCGCUACCCACCGCAAACCUCAGAUUGUCCCGGUAUCUAACCGCCUCCAUCAUGGCCCAGGAUCCGCGCGUGCUACUGCAAAAGGCAGAGAAGCAGGCUCAGGCUGCAUCGGGUGGAUUCUCGUUCUUCGGCGGAAAGACGCAGAAACUGGAAGAGGCCGCCGAGCUAUACACACAGGCUGCGAAUGCAUUCCGCAUGCAGAAAGACGGCAAGGCUGCGGGGCAGGCGUUUGAGAAAGCUGCGCAGAUCCAACAACAGAAGCUGAACGAGCCCGACGAUGCUGCCAAUACGUUGACCGAGGCGUACAAGUCGUACAAGAAAGACGAACCAGAAGACGCCGCACGAGUUCUCGAGCAGGCGAUUCAGCACUACACAACCAAGGGCAACUUCCGAAGAGCAGCCACGCAUAAGCAGAACCUCGCAGAAUUAUACGAAAUCGAUCUCGGAGACCAAAUACGAGCGCAGGAAGCGUACGAGAUGGCAGCAGGAUGGUUUGAAACGGAUGGCGCGGAGCAACUUGCCAACAAACUUUACCUCAAGCUCGCGGACAUUGCGGCUCUCAACGGCGACUACCUGAAGGCCAUUUCACACUACGAACGAAUCUCCAAAUCCGCCAUCAAUAAUAAUCUCAUGAAGUGGUCCGUUAAGGAAUACUUCCUCAAAGCCGGUAUAUGCCACCUUGCAAAUAACGAUACCGUGGCUACAAACCGCGCCCUUGAAUCAUACCGCGACCUCGAUCCUGGCUUCACGCAAACACGAGAACACCAACUAUUGGUCGAUCUUGCCGAGGCGGUGGAAGAGGGUGACCAAGAGAAGUUCGCGGAUAAGCUAUUUCAGUACGAUCAGAUGUCGAAGCUGGACAAAUGGAAGACCACUCUCCUCUUAAAGGUCAAGGACAAUAUCCAGAGCCAAGAGGAGGAUUUUGCGUGAUUAGAGGGUGUCGGCGAUGUGGUAUGGAACCAGCAAGUCGAAUGGCACGGGCACGAGCACACUGUCGAAUUGACACCCAAUGUUCUUCCAUGCGGGCCGUGCCUGCGAACAGAGAUUCCGGUGCCUCGCAAUGUUGGCUGGGAAGAUGGGCGGCGCGAGCCAGACAUCUCGCCGUGUGUUUGCGAUGGCCUCUAUCUCAGCUCUCUCUGUUCACUUUUCAUUACGCUUGUCCUCUCCAGCGAGCCACCUUCUGAUGCCCCAGGCGAACCCGCCAUUGCCUUUGUCCUCGCCAAUGACCUCUCUUUUUGCUUCCUUCAGGUCGCUGAUGAUCGCCCUGCUCAGCUGCGUGUCUUUGGCAGUCCUGUCCUUCUCUUGCCGUGAGUUGAAAGUUCCGGCCUUUUUCUCCGCUUCUUCCUCGAGGGCUGGUUGCAGUGUCGUGUAUGCUGUGCAUCGCAUACGAAUUAGUACCUUAGCUAGGUAGGGUCAUCGGCAACAGAGAAGACAGGAACAUACCGGUGGCCACGCCGCACACUGUCGCAAUGACUAGACCUGCUACAUUUCCUCCACGCAUUGUGGUGGCCUGAGGGAGAGAGUGGCGGUGAUGUGAAAAGAGCCGCCGCAACGGCUAAUAGGUACGGGACCUAAGGUAAGCCUGGUAAGGUAGGUAGGUAUCCGUGAUACAGGUAAUAAUGGUGUGGAUGGAAAAGUCGACCGGGAUGGCGACAUGUCAACUUCAUCCUUGGAUCAG